AGAUAAUUGUGUUUACGAAGAAAAAAUGUCAUUUUUCAUCAAUACACGUCCAUUAUUUAAGCAUAUUUCUGCGCAAAACAUAUUAUUUGCUCUGAAGUUUGAUGUGGAUAGAUAGUUUCGGUUGUUUUUACCUAUAAAGUUCACUCCACAGUGCGAAGGAUUUUCAUUAAUUGUUCCUCGGCCAGCGAUAUGUCUUUUAAGGUGAAGGUAUAAACGAUUUGUCGUAUUCGUUCGCCAUGAGUAAAAAGACUUCGAACUUGUAUGGUCAAGUUUAUAACUUCGCUAAGGAAUGUUUGACGUCGUUGGAGCACAUAUUCCCCGGUGAUCACAUAGCCUACGAGAGAGUUUAUUUGUACUGGCAUCAUUGCAUCGUUGAAGAUGUCGAUAUUGAGUCCAAAACGGUUAAAGUUAUACAUUAUCACAACAAUGUGAGAGAAUUUUUUGAAACGACUUUACAGCACGGCUCUAUAGCUCAAGUAAAAAGAAGUUCUUUGGAAUUUUGGCCCAAAAGGUUUUAUCGGAUUGUGUAUGAUGCCAAUGAAGUUCAUCCUCCUGAAGUUGUAUUGGAGAAUGCGGUUAAGAGACUUGGAGAAAAGAAGUACAAUCCAUUUACUGGAAACUGUGAACACUUUUGUACAGAAUGCAAGAUUGGGAAGAGCAUUAGUAUUCAGGUUGAUACGCUUAUAGAGAAUAUGAUGGUGACUGUUCUACCCACCAUUACUAGAGGCCUUUUGGAAAUUGUUUUGAAGAAAUCAGUGGAAAAUGCUGUAGAGGAAUUUGUUCAGAGAACAGCUGUAGUCUAUGGCAAGGAAACAUUGGCAGAGCUUUCCAUGGCUGUUUUUCGUAUUGUCUUGAUGAAGUGCAUUCAUCAUGUUGGCACGCAAGAGUCUUGGGGAUCUUUGAAACAAAACACUUAUGUUAUAGUGCAGGGAGUUGUCAUUCAAGAAACAAAAAAGCUCUGCUUUUUAGGAAUAAGAGAAAUGUUUAAAAAUGCGGGGAAGCUUGGCGGAAAGAAAGCACCCAAAACACCAAGUCCUCAUAAGGCUGUUCGUGGUAUGACAAAAUCGGGUGUGCUGGCAGGUGUUGCAGUUGAACUGGCAUUUCUUGGCAAAGAUAUCUGUGAUGCAUCAAAUAAAAAAAAUGAUGGCAGUAUCACAGAGCAAGAAUACGAAGAGACAGUUAUAAAACGUGUGGUUGGGGCAUCCGUGAGCACACCCAUGUCAUUAGCUGGAAGUAUUGUUGGUCAGUACGUGUUACCUGUCCCCUUUCUUGGCAGUAUGGUGGGGGGUGUAACCGGAAGUGCCGCAGGGAGAAUUUUAGGAGCUGUUGCAAGUACUCAGCUGAUAAAGAAUAAGAAUGAGAUGGGAAAGCUGAAGAACUUUUUUCCAUGGAAAUGAUUAAUGGUCGUCCUUGGCUUCAAGUAUGAGUUGUCUAAAGACUCUAAACCAUUUCAUUUUGAAUUAAAUCUACUUUUUGUUUUUGAGAAUGUUGACAUUUGCACAGCUACUGCACAGUGACUUGGGGGAGGGGGGGGAGGGAAGAUUUGCUCACUUUUGCUGCAAAGUUUUGUUAUCAUUAUUAACAAGUGUAAACUGUACGACUUAGUGUUAACAAAAAAUUUUUACAAUUUUUUUCUCACUGUAUAAACUCUAAAAUGAAAAACGCCAGCCUGAGGUCAUGCGUUCUGGCUUGUUACCAAAAUAAAAGCGUAUUUUUAAAGCGUCA